AUGAAACAGUCCAAAGUGAGAAUGAUAGAAAGCAAGGCGCGUCCCCAGCCUUACUCUCCGCAAACCCACUCAUCCAUUUGGAACCUACCCGACUUCAGGCCCUCUUACAAAAGACCUUCUGUUCCCAACUCUGGGGCCCUCAGCUCACCCAGGAUUCGACCCAUUUCGAUGUCUCGCAACCAAAGCUCUGCCGCCAGGAGGGACAUGAUCACCUUCACCAAUGCAAGAGCUGCCCAGUCCAGCAUUUCAGCCAAAGAUGUCCCACCUACUGUAAAAUUUGAGACAAAUAGUGCUCAGUUUAACAACCAAAGUUCAAUUAUCUAUAAAGAGGAAAAGAGCGCUAGGACAAGCAAAAGCAAUUAUUCAAAGAGCCAGAUGAAAGAAAAUGCAUUUGACAGUAGUCUAACCGACAGGUCAGUAGAACCAACCAGCAAGAAUAAAUUAUCUGUUGAGGAGAUGAUUGAGAAAGCUAUCAAACCAAGUUCCGAGGCACCAGGAGAUCCCAAAGUUCGCUAUCACAUAGAGAAAACCGUGGAGGAAGAUGGAACCCUGAAAACUCGGAUAGUUCUGGAGUCCAAAAUUGAGGAAGAGUUGGAUAUAUCAAAAGAUUCCGAUUUGGAUGAAUUUUUACACCAAGGAACUAAGAAGAUGUCACUGGAGGAUAUCAAGGAUUCGUCCACAGCAGGUAUGAUCAAGAAUCUGCUCAGCGGGAUGAAGGAAGGAGAGGAUAUGUCAAACAAGUUAAUCAAUGUGGAAAUUAUUGAGGAGCCAGUGGAGAGACUGAAGGAAGGCUGCGAAAUCACUUCAUACGGCCAUUAUGGAAUUGUGGAGGACCUUUCUGACGAACGGUAUUACCGAGAUGAAAUACUCCCUCAAGGGGCCACUCUUGAAGAGAGUGAAGAGUUCAAGUUUCUGACUGGUGACCGCUCGCCUUUCAAAGAAGGCUUUCCGGAAUGCAUAAUUGAGGAAGAGGUUCGAGUUUCACCAAUUGUGCAAGAAUCUGUGCUAGAAUUUCUUCGUGAAGACUCAUUAGAACCGAAGGACCAACUAAAAGGUGCUUUGGAGAAGCUACAGGAAUCUAUAUCUGGGCCUUUGAAAGAGGAGCUAGCCUACCUCAGCAAAAUCAGCCGUGAAAGCCCAGACAAAGUGGCCGUAGACAUACGCAAAGUAGAAAGGUCCAGUGAAGACGGAACAAUGACCAUUGUGGCAGAGCUGAACGUCUCCCAAACCCUGGCGGAAUCUGGUCUGCUAGAAGAAGACACUGAUCUCUCUGAGGAGCAGAUCAUGGCAGCUUUAGGGAGAGCGGAUUUGGAGAAGGCGUUCCAGAGCGGAACAGGAGGUGUCUACAACAUUAUGGUGUCCACAGAGGAAGAGCAUGGUCUUGGGGAAGUUGAUGAGAGAAGAGAAGUUUCAGAGGAGCAGAUGGCCGAAGAGGUGAAGGAGCAGAGGAUUGUGUAUCUGGAGAGUCCUUCAAAUAACUAA